UCAUGCAAAUAACAAUCGUAUUCCACUAAUAAAACCGAGUUAAUUUCAGAGUGAAAAGUGUAGCGUCAUGGAAACACCACUUCCGGAUACAACAACGUUUCACAAUGAAUCUGCCGUGGGAAAACAAAUAUCACUAUCUCUACAGAUUACCUUUGGCAUCACUUACGGGAUUAUAGCUAUCAUCACACUCGUGGGCAAUUUAUUGGUGCUCAUCGCCGUUUUAAAAUUUCAACGUCUUCAAAUUCCAACGAACUACUUUGUGUGCAGUCUUGCUUUCGCUGAUGUGACAGUCGCCAUUUUAGUGUUACCACUGUCUUUAAUUUAUGACCUUACAGGUGGUGAAUGGUGGUUCGGCUGGGUGUUUUGCUAUUUUUGGCGGUCUUGUGACGUCAUGUGUUGCACAGCAUCUAUUUUGCAUUUAUGUUGUAUUUCUCUAGACCGCUAUUGGGCAAUCACUAAGCCGUUUGCCUACACUAUGAAAAUGUCUAAAGGAAGAGUAGCUUGCAUGAUCAUAACCGUCUGGUUUUGCAGCGUUUGCAUAUCGUUUAUUCCGUUCUAUUUAGGCUGGUUCACCGACGAUCCAGACACACUAUAUACAGAUACAGGCAAAUGUGAUUUAACAGUUAAUAAAAUUUACGCUGUACUUUCUGCAAUGACAUCUUUUUAUAUUCCAUUUAUCGUCAUGGUAUUUUCAUAUGCAGCCAUUUUAAGAAUUGCGAAAAUACAGGCAAAUGCCAUAAAAAAGAGCAUCCCCAGACACAGUUAUACCGGUGGUGGCGGGCCAGAAAAAUACGAAUCUGCGGCUAGUGAUAGAAAAGCACUGAGGACCCUCGGAAUAAUAAUGGGGGUGUUUAUUGUUUCUUGGUUACCGUUUUUUCUAAUGUAUAUAAUUAUGCCCUUUUGUUCUGAGUGUGAAAUAUCUCCGUUGGCAAUAUCGGUUAUUACAUGGCUUGGUUAUGGCAACAGUUGUAUGAAUCCUGUUAUAUAUGCAUUUAUGAACAGGGACUUCCGUCUGGCUUUUAAGAAACUUCUCACUUGUUCUGUUUCAUGAAUUUUCAUUUUAUAUAUUUAAUUAAUUUGAUUGACUCAAUAAUUAUUGUACAUUUUUAUUUAGUAAAAAAAAAACAUUUCAUAUUUUAUAAAGAAAAAAAUGCAAACUAAAUCCACGAAGAAUCUUUGAAAAUUAUUUAUUUUAAACCCUACAUUUUAUUAAAAGGAAGACAUGUCUUCUGAAAAUAUGGCUCCUUAAUGCCAUGGUCUCUCGCAUGCAAAGCUCUUCUGUGAUCUUCGAAAGGACAUUUUUCAAUGUAAUCUUCUUCAAACUGCACAAACUUAUUCUAAUGUAUUGUAUAUGUCUUGAAAAGAGAGAAAAGAAUAACAAACUAGUCUAAUAUUUCAAAA